UAGAGUAUUAAGACCUUGCAACUGUAAAAUGUAUGAUGCCACUUUAGGAAAAAAACCUUAAAUAUAUUGCAGAGGUUUUGAUUGCUGGGUAGCAUUAUAUUAUUACUAAUAAGGAAAAAAACAUCAACAGUUAACCUCUCUAAUUUCUAUUAAUUAAACCCUUUCCUUCCCUCAACCCCACGACCAACUUAAUUCUGCAAUGAAGCCUCCAAAACCAUCAGAGCCAUCUCUCUCUGAAACUUCCACCAUCAUCUCCGUCUCACCUGCUGCCACCCUCACAACCUCAGCACAUGAUAAUACGACCCUCAAACAAGAUAAACAACCGGCAGCAGAAGCAAAAGAAGAAGCAACCCACCACCAAGGUGUUGAUGAUGAUCUCGUGUUGGAUCUGCGCCUCUCCAAUCGAGAUCAAUCCAACCCAGAGCUCAAUUUCAUCGACUGUUUCAAGGCGGACUUGUCGGGUGAUCAAGAUUCUUCGGAACUGCCUCCUCAAGGUAAUGAAACUGAGCCUAGAGUAUUUUCAUGUAACUAUUGCCAAAGAAAAUUUUAUAGUUCACAGGCUCUGGGAGGCCACCAAAAUGCACAUAAACGUGAAAGAACACUAGCCAAACGAGGGCAGCGGCUUGGCGGUGGGGCAGCAGCGGCCUCUCUUUCAGCCUUCGGUUACCCUAAUACACACCCUAGUCGAUAUUCUAGCUUGGCUUCACUUCCUUUGUAUGGCUCUUUCAAUAAGGCACUUGGAAUUCGCGAGCACUCCAUGAUCCACAAGCCAUCUUUAGUUCCAUCGGCGCAUGUUUAUGGGCACAAUGGAUGGUCUAGACGAGCUGUUGAUCAAACAAGGGCAGUCGGGCAUGUUUCCAAUCUGCAGGGGAUAAAUGGUACUGCUAAAUUCCAAGGUAGUGUAGGGAAGUUUGGUCCAGCCACGGAGGGAAUGAAUGGACAUUGGUGGGAUACAGUUAACCAUUUCAACAAUAAAAAAGAUGAGUUGAAGCUUGACUUGUCUUUGAAGCUCUAAGUAGCUACUCUACUUUCAUUCUUCUUCUUCUUCUUCUUCCUAGAUUAUUUUUUCUUUGAUUUUUAGCUGGAUUUUUUGUAAAUGCAUUUUGGAUAUAGAAGGCUUGAUGAGAUUAUACCA